CAAGUCCGGCUUCUUCCUUUGCUCUUGAGUACAGCCACGCUGCUGGGGAAGCCCCCUGACGACCACUCCCUGAGUCAGCGCCAGGCGCCUCCUCCGUCAGAUUCUGCAAAGUCGGAGUCGCGGGCGCCAGGGCCCGCCGUGCUCCGCCAGGGGGCGCGCGACCCACGCCCGCGCACACGCACACCCCCGCGCACACCCCCGCGGCGAGAAAAGGGCGUGACCCGCUCGGGAUGGACGCUGGACAGAUGGUGUCCGCCCUCGGGCCGCUAGCGAGCUCACCAGAACCCGCCCUCGGUGGUGAGACACCCCCCCCCAGCGAGGGUGUCCCGGAUGAGGAGGUGGGCGCGUGGCAGGCAGCUCCCUUCCCUGCAGGGCCUGGACUCAGGUAGGCUGGCCGAGGGACAACAUGCGUGAGUGGCCACAAGGAAGGGCAGAGGCAGGAGACCAGGAGAAGCAGAGCAGCCAACAGCCGGUCGCUAACGCUGGGCCCUGCCAGACCCGAGGCCAGAUGUCCCCACACUUCAGCUUCGGGACCCUGGGAGCUCUGGCACUUCAACUUUUUUAUUCCAUUUUCUGUCAAAAACGAGGUACUGGCAGAAUCAGGGGGUGUGCUGAGCGGGGGGGCCCUGCUGUGCCCGGGGUGCAGAGCUGAGCAGCCCCGUGGGGCAGCGUCCACAGCCUUCCUGAAACCCAGAGUCAGUCUUUGCCUCAGGUCUGGGGCCUGACAGAGGCCCGGCUGUGUGCCAGCCUUCAUUCCACACUCGGCCCAGGCCACAGCCACCAUCCAGCCGCUCCUGACCCGGGACCCUCUGUCAUUCCCCAAGGACAGGCUGUGGUCCUCCCCUCCAGCUGCCCACCCAGCUCAGACACCACUCCCAAGGAGCCUGCUAUGGACGCGAGUGGCUAAGCCCCCUGGUGUCCCCACCCACUUGGUCUGUGGAGCUGUUGCACACCCUCCUCUCACUGCCUGAUUCUGCCCAUCGCAGCCUGCCCACUGCCAGCCCCUCCUCAAAAGUGGUCAGCGAGAGGACCAUGGCCAGCGUGAGGCCAUGCUCAGUGUGAGCCCUGUGGUCAGUGAGACUGAGGGCAGGAUGAGGCCAUGGUCAAGGUGAUGCCGUGGUCAGGGUGAGCUGUGGUCAGGGUGAGGCCAUGGUCAAGGUGAGGCUGUGGUCAGGGUGAGCCGUGGUCAGGGUGAGGCCAUGGUCAGGGCGAGGCCAUGGUCAGGGUGAGGCCAUGGUCAGGGUGACUGUGGCUCUCAGCAUCGGGGCUCAGACUAUAUCUGACCCCAGCUUCCUGGGUCUCCACUCACAAGCAGGAGGAGUGGAAAGGCAGGCCUGGCUAAGCUGGGGUGUUUGCUGGGCCUGAUGCACUGACGGCCUAUUUUGAUUUAUGGUAUUUUCAACUACAGCGAGGCUGACUUGGGAGGGCCCGGGUUUGGUGCUGAGAACGGCUGUAGGCUGGAGUGAGGCAGAGAGACCCAGCGCCAGGCACCCACCAUAUUGGUAACACUAUCCCUCCUGUGCCCAGCCAGCCCCCACCAUUGUGCUGACCCAAACAGCAGUCUGCACAACAGGUUCCCACGCGGCCUUGCCGCUGACCCCAGGGCACAGACCCCUCCCGAGCGGCCAGUGACACAGCCUGGACAGAGGGAGGCUCCCCGCCGCCCUCAGACCCCUGUCCGUCCAGGAGUGGCGCUAGAGCCAGAUGGGGCCAUCAGGGCCGCGGGCCAACAGGAGGCGGCUCGUCUUUCUGGAGUCUGAGCCGAUGCCAAGCGCCCGUGUCUCUGAGUGAGUGGCAGGCGCCUGUUUAAAAGUGAGUGGCAGGCAAAGUCCAGGCACUCGCCCCAGAGACUGCCUGCCGAGGACACCCACAGUACGGACCUCUGGAGACCCACACAGCCACGGCGAAGUUACUGCAGAGGUGACUGCACCUGACCUUGCUGGAGAGACGACCUUGACCCGGCCCCCAGAAAAUGAGUAGAAAAUCCACCUUGAAGCACCCUCGAAGACUAGUCUAUGAUGCAGGAAGGAUAAAGAUGUUUUGGGAGAGAAAAAUUGAGCAGCAUGAAAAGCAGCUACAGAUUGAGGACAUGAGGGUCCGGAGCAGCGCCCUGAACAAGCUCCGCCUGGAGUGGACCCAGAUGCUGGAGAGAAGAAACAGGAUGCUCCAGGAAGAGCCCAAGUGGCCGUCCCUGCUGUCUGUCAUGCCCUCCCACAACCAGAGCAAGGCGGCACCCUGAGGCCCCCGGCAGGAGCUCCAGCAGCCCUCGGGGGUCUGAGAGCAUCUGGCCCAUGGGUCACCCGGUAUGGAGAGGGCCAUGCCCUGCGCUGACCGUGGCCAUCCCUGACCAGACGCUUCCUUCUUGGCACAAUAAAACCUGAGUCAAUUGGACUGAA